AUGGAAAACAGCCUUCAAAUAUUUGAAUUAAAUGAAUCACUUUGUUUUGAUNCUGGUAUACUUAAACGUCGAGAAAACACAAUAACUACAGUUGAUGCACCACGUAUUAUUUUAUCAGAUGAAGGACUUAAAACUGGUCGAGUAUCACCUUUUAUCAAUUUUCCUCUAUUUGUUAGUAUGACUAUUCGGAGUGUGGGUGUCAUAUUUGGUGAUAUUGGUACAUCUCCUUUAUAUGUUCUCAAAACAUUAUUUGAUUCGCCUCCAGAGGAAGACGCAGUAAUUGGUGCUAUAUCAUUAAUCGUAUGGAGUUUAAUUGUUGUUGUUUCAUUAAAAUAUGCUAUAUUCAUAUUAAUGGCAGAUAAUCGUGGUGAAGGUGGUCCAUUUGCUUUAUGUGGUUUAUUGACUGGUCCAGCAAGUCGUCUUCAUUAUCGUACUAAACAAUUUGUUAGUAUUAUAUGUAUUAUUGCUGCUUGUUUAUUGAUUGGCGAUGGUGCUCUAACACCAGCUGUAUCGAUUUUAUCAGCAUUUGAAGGUUUAGUUAUUGUCAAACCAUCACUUGAAUCAUGGGUUGUACGAUUAUCUGUCAUUGUAAUAAUACUUUUAUUUUUGAUUCAAAGAUGGGGUUCAUCUCGUAUUGGAAUUUUUUUUGGACCAAUUAUGAUUUUAUGGUUUAUUCUAUUAGCAACUAUUGGUAUAUGGCGUAUUACAUAUAAACCUGUUAUAUUCAAAGCAUUAAAUCCAUGGGAAGCAAUGCAUUAUUUAAUUAAAACUAAAAAACAAGGUUUCUAUCAAAUUGGUACUGUUUUUUUAUCAGUUACUGGUUUAGAAGCAUUGUAUGCUGAUUUGGGGUAUUUUGGACGAUGGCCUAUUAGAUUUUCAUGGUUUGCUUUGGUUUUUCCUGCUGUUUUACUUAAUUAUUUAGGACAAGGUGCACUUAUCAUUUUAUAUCCAAAAUUUAUUGAUAAUCCAUUUUAUCGUUCAGUACCACAUUGGGCACUUAUACCGGUUCUUGUAUAUUCAGUUAUAUCAUCAACAAUAGCUUCACAAGCUAUUAUAACUGGUUCAUUUUCUUUAGUUUCACAAGCUAUUGCAAUGGGUUUUUGUGUUGCAUUUACUGUAAUUCAUACAUCGCGUUCAAUAAUUGGUCACAUUUAUGUUCCAGCUGUAAAUUAUUUUCUUUUAGCUCUUACACUUGCUGUAACCAUUGGUUUUCAAACAAUAGAUCGUAUUACAGAUGCUUAUGGAGUAACAGUAUGUAGUGUUAUGGUUAUAACAACAAUUCUUUAUAUGAUGGUUAUACGUUGCACUUGGUUAAAACCAAUGUGGCUUGUAGCUUUAUUUGGAUUUUUUUUAAUUAUUGAUCUAUAUACAUUUGCUGCAAUUUGUACAACAAAAAUUGCUUCUGGUGGUUGGGUUGCUAUUAUUAUUGCAUUUAGUCUUUUUAUAUUUUCAUUUAGUUGGUUUUAUGGAAAUAUUCGCCUUAGUAAUUAUUUAUCUAAACAUUGUAAAACAAAUUUAAUAGAAGAUUUACCAAAUCGACUUGGACUUACAAGUUUUGAUCGUUCAUUAAAUGAUGACGAAAACUCAAAUAUAAGUGUAACCAAUGACGACAACGACGACGAUGAUGAUGAUGAUGAUCAAAAACACAAAGAAAGAAACAAAAAGAGAGCAAAAUUAAUAAAUAAUGAGCAAAAAAAUGAAUCAAUAUCGGUCGUAGAAAAUCUUCAAGCUUCGGUCUUAAUAGAAAAUGUCGAAGAAAAUAAUUUAUAUAAAAAGAAUAAUGUAAUAGCUCGUGGCGUUGGCUGUUUUUUAACAACAUCAAAAAAAUAUACUCCAGAUGUAUUUGAAAAUUUUCUUAAUCGAACGCAUGCUUAUCCAGAAAUAUUAAUAUUUCUUAAAAUCGAAUAUGCACGAAUGCCAAAUAUUGAUGAUGAUCAACGUUUAAUCGUUCGAACUUUUGGAAAUAAUAUUUAUCAUAUAACAUCAAUAUUUGGUUAUACAGAAACAAAUAUUAGUCUUUUUAAUAUUCUUCAUUUAGCACAACAACUUUAUCAUAUUCCUAUUACAAACGAUGAAUCAGAAAUAACUUUUUUUCUUCCUUAUCAAACAAUACAUGUUAAUAAACAUGGAUGGAGAGCAUGGUUAAGAUUAAUUCCAUUAUAUAUUUAUUCUAUAUUAAAACAAUUAUAUCCAGGAAUACCAUUAAAUUUUAAAUCCGUACCAGAAAAUACCAUUUAUAUUGGAAUUCUUGCUGAUUGCUAA